GAUAUCGUCUGCUUUGUUUGCUUGGUUUGCUUUCAACAACAACUGUUUUAAAAGCUUUCACACUUUAAUAACAAAAAAAUAAGUUUAAUGAUAAAUUAAGAAAGCAAAGAUGGAUAAAAUUUUAAAAAUUAGAGAAAAACAUAAGUUACCUGAUGUUUCCGAAUUAACAGAAAAAAUCAUUGAUAAUUUAAAUGUACAAAAAAAGGAGGAUGAAAAAAGAAAACAGAAAAUUGAAGAACAGGAAACCGAACUUCGAACAGUUUCCUCAAAACUUUCUUCACUCGUAAAUGAAUUGAGUAAUUCCGAUAGUAUUUUAGAGAAAAAAAUUGAUGAAUUGCAAAAGCACAAGGAAGAAGUUGAACUUUUAGAAUCCGAAUUAAAAAAAAUUGAAGCUGAGUCGAUGAAAUUGCGUUUGAAAAGGGAUUAUUUAAAUAACAAGAAGCCAAAUCCCAAGGAUCAAUGUUUACUAGAACAAGGAUUGCAAAAAUAUGAAUUGUUGAAAGAAAUCACUGGAAUUCGUUGGAAUUAUGAAACAUUGGAUGAAGGCACCAGUGGCUAUAUUCAUAAUAAGAAUACGAAUUACAUUAAACCUUUUAAUUUUGAUUCUAAAACAAAAGAGGAAAUAGUAAGCGAAGGAUUAUGGGAGGAGAUUGAAAAGUCAACUAAUCCCCAAACGUCAGAAGAGGAAGGAAAUAAAGAGAAGGAAACGUCAAACUAAUUAUAUUAUUAAAAUAAAACUUCUUAUAUUUAUAAA